AUGGAUUCCUCGGGGUACUCCGGGUUUUACACGUCUCAAAGACUGGUAGACGAGUUCAACAUGUUACAGGACAACUUGCCGAUCACACUCAGGGAAAAAGAUGCCCAUGUCUACAGCGAUGAUGAUCACGACAGCGAUAGCGAAGGGUACAAUCCCGUACCUGUACAGGUUAUUACUGGUAAUGAGAAGCAGCUCUCGCAGCAAGCCCCAGAUGUGACACCGCAGGUUUCCAAGGGUAGAGAUGCAGUAGUGACAUUGAGAAAUAUCGAUAUUCUGAGGGCCAUUUUUGAAACUUUGAGUGGGAAAGACAAGCUAGCCAAGAUUUUGAAGUACGUGCUGGACCUGCUGAAACUGUUUGUAGGGCGAAGCCGCACCACAAUCACCAGAUGGGACCCUCAAGUGCUUCGGCACUACUCAAAAGUGCUUUCCCAGUUGAACCUGCGUCUGGCACUCAAGCACCCAAUAACAAUCAUCAAGAUCCUUACGGUCGCUUGUUUGCAAAACUUCGAGUCUCGUGCAUCGCUAAUAAGCACAAGUCUCAGUCUUUUCCGCCAAAUUCUGAGGUUUGGUGGCACGCCAUUCCGCGUUGCAUCCAUGGGCCAAAAACUUGGGUCUACCGUGCAACAAAUCGCAACAGCCAAGCAACUUAGCUCUUCACAGUCUACAAUAUCGACAAGCAGUAUAGCCGUGGCCGUAAUAAACAAAAAUUGGGUCAACGAAAGUUCAUUAGCCGAUUUUAUUGAUCUCUACUACGGUAUUAUGGACGAACUAGCACUGCUCCACAAAUUCAAGGUCUGGAACCAUGCAGCGUUGUUUCGGUGGGUAUCCAAACACGAGGCUCUAUCUUGGUAUUACGAUAUCAUGCUGGGACUCAAGAAAAAUUGGGUCUCUCUACAAGAUUUGAACCGCGCGCAGCUCGAGCUCGAGAUCCAACUUCAAGUCAAAAAACGUGCUCUCGAGCUUUCCACGAGACUGCACGAUAGAGCUGCGUCGCCCAUAAAACAACAGCUGCUACAAGAUUUGCAUGCCUCUGGCACCGGUAACUCUUCUACUCUUGAACGGAUUCAAGAACUUGAGAGUCAACGUAAAACUGUCAUUCUCGAUCUUGUGAGGCUGACAUUUGACUUUUUAGCAGAUACAACGGAUGUUUUUAACCUCAAGACGCCGCCUGGCACUUACGCUGCAUUAUCAUUGGUGUCCGGUCUCACAGGUUUCGCCAAGCUGUGGGGGAAUGCCAAGAAAGAAUUGUCUAGUACUACCUAA